UAAUACCAAAAUUGGUUAUUUUAUUGCAGCAAAUCUGAUGAACAGUGAAGAUAUCUUUCCUCAUUUCUCUUACGAGAUAGUAAACUUAGCAAAAAUGUUGGAAAAGGCAGGUAAUACAUUCAUCUCCAUCUAUGAAAACGGAAGCAGAGACAAGACCAAAAAAUGGUUACGGCUACUUUCCAAAACGCUGUUAGAGAAGAAUAUUGCCUAUAGAAUAGUCUGUGAUUCAGCAGUGUUUUCAAACCACAUCGAUGCAAUCAACAGGUUAGCUCUCGUUCGUGAUCGGGCAUUGACCCCAUUGUUCUUGUUACAUUCGUACAACCAACUCCAUAACCACACCAAAGUUAUCUUUCUCAACGACAUCUAUUUGGAUUCUCUAGCGAUAUAUCGUCUUGUGAAGACAAGAGCAGAAAACUAUGAUUGGGUAUGCGGUCUAGAUUUCUAUAGAGGUUUCUAUGACAGAUUCGUUUCACGUGAUAUUCAUGGUAGAAUAUUGAGUAGAUGGUACCCUUACAUAAGAGAAGAAAAAACCAAACGCCUACUCAUCCAACAACUUCCCGUACCCGUACGUUCAUGUUGGAAUGGAGCUGCUGUAUUUUGCGCUCAACCACUGAUUCAAUACAAUUUAACCUUCCUUGGGUCUUUGAAGAAUCAAAAAGAUAGUCGUUGUGCCAAUCCCCGAUCAGAAUGUCAUAUGCUUGCCUUGUCAUUCCGAAAGUAUAACUAUACAAGCAUGUGGAUCAAUCCAAAUAUACUCAUUAGCUACGAUUCCACACAUUUAAAACUGCAACAAUUGAUUCAACAACAUUUCCGACCUUUCUUUGGCCUUUUCAACGAUAUUUUGAUGAAAUGGUUCCAAAAGCCUUGGUUGGAGGACGAGGAUGCUUGUCCUCGUUUGCCCAUGCUGUGUUGUUAAAAGGAGAUUAAAAGGGCGGGUUCUACC